AUAAAGAGAAAAAAGAAAAAGGAAGGUGUAUCAAUCGUACCUCCCAAUUCCAAUUCCAAUUCCAAUUCUAAUUCCAAAGUGACAAUAACCUUAAAAAACCCAACUUUUCCUAAAGACGAAGCUACAACACCGACAAAUCCACCCUCUGCACUCUGACACUGCCGCCCGCGAGAGAUCCAACGCGCUUCACAAACAUUCGCACGUGCCACACCUCUACACGUGCCAACUCACCACCUCCGCCCCACUGUUCUCAGAUUCCCCACACCCCCACACACACCUGAAAUUUCCGCUCAUACAAAAAAAACAAACACUUCUCUCAUUUCUCAAUGCUCUCUCGGACCCGAACCCGAACCCGACCAUCGCCUCCGCCGCCCCGCAUUUCUCCGAUCGCAUCCUCCACCACCAAAACUCUCUCUGUUUCUCGAAGCUUCGAGGAAUAAAUAAAAAUAAAAUGGAGUCGAUACUGGCGCGAGCGUUGGAGUACACGCUCAAGUACUGGCUCAAAUCCUUCUCUAGAGAUCAGUUCAAGUUGCAGGGUCGGACCGCACAGCUUUCCAAUUUAGAUAUUAACGGCGACGCUUUGCAUUCCAGCGUCGGAUUGCCGCCGGCGCUCAAUGUCACCACUGCCAAAGUCGGAAAAUUGGAGAUUAUUUUGCCAUCAUCGCUUGGUAAUGUACAAGUGGAGCCAAUUGUGGUGCAAAUCGAUAAACUUGAUUUGGUUCUAGAGGAGAACUCUAACUUGGAUGAAUCUACAAGUCAGGCCAGUACCCCAACAUCUGCUGGGCCCGUGAAGGGAAGCGGUUAUGGAUUCGCUGAUAAGAUUGCAGAUGGAAUGACUGUAGAGAUUCACACUGUCAAUCUUCUACUUGAAACUCGUGGAGGUGCCCAAGGUCAAGGAGGAGCAACUUGGGCAUCACCUUUGGCAUCUAUCACUAUACGCAACCUUUUGCUGUAUACUACAAAUGAAAAUUGGCAGGUUGUAAAUCUUAAAGAGGCGCGGGACUUCUCCAAUAAUGAAAAGUACAUCUAUGUGUUCAAAAAACUUGAAUGGGAAUCUUUGUCUAUUGAUCUCCUGCCUCAUCCUGAUAUGUUUAUGGAUGCAAAUUUUUCUCAAGAGAGAGGAAGCCAGAGAGAUGAUGAUGGUGCAAAGCGAGUUUUUUUUGGCGGAGAGCGCUUUCUUGAAGGAAUAUCGGGACAAGCUUAUAUCACAGUGCAAAGGACUGAACUAAACUGUCCACUUGGGCUUGAGGUCCAGUUACAUAUUACAGAAGCUGUUUGUCCUGCAUUAAGUGAGCCAGGACUACGUGCUCUUCUACGAUUCUUGACUGGAUUAUAUGUCUGUUUAAAUAGAGGAGAUGUUGAUUCAAAGGCCCAGCAGCGAUCUACUGAAGCAGCAGGACGUUCUCUAGUCUCUAUUGUUGUGGACCACAUAUUUCUCUGCAUUAAAGAUGCUGAGUUCCAGCUUGAACUUUUGAUGCAGUCACUCUUAUUUUCACGGGCCAGUGUCUCUGAUGGAGAAAAUGACAAUAACUUAUCUAGGGUCAUGGUUGGUGGACUAUUCUUAAGGGAUACUUUUUCACGCCCUCCAUGCACCUUAGUGCAACCAUCAAUGCAAAGUGUGACAAAAGAUCUUCUACAUAUUCCUGAAUUUGCAAAGAACUUUUGUCCUCCAAUAUAUCCUCUGGGAGAACAGCAGUGGCAAUUGAUUGAUGGUGUUCCUCUAGUAUGUCUCCAUUCUCUUCAGAUCAAACCCUGUCCAGUUCCGCCAUCUUUUGCUUCACAAACAGUUGUAGACUGUCAACCUCUUAUGAUUUAUCUUCAGGAAGAAUCCUGUUUGAGGAUAUUUUCCUUCCUAACUGAUGGAGUCGUCGUCAAUCGUGGUGCUGUUUUACCAGAUUUUUCAGUAAAUUCCUUGGUUUUCACUCUCAAGGAAUUAGUUUUUACUAUUCCUUUGGACGUGGGAAAAUUGAAUAAUGGUGCUAGUAACAAGGACAGUAAUAUCCACAGUUCAUUUUCCGGAGCAAGGCUUCAUAUUAAGAACUUGUUAUUUUCAGAAUCCCCUUCAAUAAAACUAAGGAUGCUGAACCUGGAGAAGGAUCCUGCUUGCUUUUGUCUCUGGGAAGGUCAAACAAUUGAUGCUAGCCAGAAGAAAUGGACCACUAAAGCAUCACAACUUAGUUUGUCUUUAGAAACGAGUAGUGACUUAAGUAGGCUUCAGAAUUCUCUUGACUGGGGUUCAGGCUUGUGGAGAAGUGUUGAGCUGGAAGAUGUUUGCAUUGAAGUAGCCAUGGCAACUGCUGAUGGAAGCCCUUUAACAGAUGUUCCUCCUCCAGGUGGUAUUGUCAGGGUAGGGGUUGCUUGUCAACAAUAUUUGUCCAAUGCUUCAGUUGAACAGCUAUUAUUUAUCCUUGAUCUCUAUGCAUACUUUGGCAGAGUGAGUGAGAAGAUAGCCAUUGUCGGAAAAAAUAAUAAACUGAAGAGAAAUAAUAAUUCGUUUGGUGGAAGGCUUAUUGAUAAGGUCCCUGGUGAUACUGCAGUAAGUUUAGCAGUGAAGGAUCUUCAGCUUAAGUUUCUGGAGUCUUCUGAAAUGAAUGUUCACGAAAUGCCUCUUGUCCAGUUUCUUGGGGAUAAUCUGUUUGUCAGAGUUACUCACAGAACGCUUGGUGGUGCAGUCGCUGUUUCAUCCACUUUACGUUGGGAGAGUGUUCAGGUGGACUGUGUAGACACUGAGGGAAAAUUGGCACAUCAAAAUGGCACAGUGUCAAGUAAUAUUGAAGAUGGUCCUCUGAUUUGUGGGAAUGGAUACCCUCAACUAAGAGCUGUUUUUUGGGUACAGAAGAAAAACUGUUCAAGUGGCAAUGCUUUUGCAGUGCCGUUUCUGGACAUUAGCAUCGUGCAUGUGAUUCCAUUAGACGAACAAGAUAUUGAGUGCCAUAGUUUGAAUGCUUCAGCAUGUAUUUCUGGUGUUCGCCUUGGUGGAGGAAUGAAUUAUACUGAAGCCUUACUGCAUCGGUUUGGAAUACUUGGGCCUGAUGGUGGUCCUGGGAAGGAGCUUUCUAAAGGGUUAGACAACUUACGAGCAGGGCCACUUUCAAAACUAUUUAAAACAACACCUCUCAUUGCUGACAAUCUGGAAGAGGAUGGAAAUUCAGAGGAUGGAAAAGAAAGCAGCUUUUUGCAGCUUGGAAAGUCAGAUGACAUUGAUGUUAGUAUUGAAUUGAAGGACUGGUUGUUUGCUCUUGAAGGAGAACAAGAGAUGGCAGAAAGGUGGUGGUUUCACAAUCAUGAAGAUGUGGGUAGAGAAGAGAGGUGUUGGCAUACAACUUUCCAGAGUCUGCAGGUGAAAGCAAAAAGUAGUCCAAAGCAUGAACUGAAUGGCAAAGGAAAGUCACAAGAAAUGCAGAAAUAUCCUGUGGAAUUGGUCACAGUUGGUGUGGAAGGCUUGCAGACUUUAAAGCCUCAGGCCCACAAAAGCAUCCAUGCAUCUAUCUUACCUGCAAAUGGUAUUAAAGAAAAUGCGGAGACAUCUGGAGGGAUAAAUCUUGAACUUCGCAUGGUGAUAGCUGAGGACCCCAUCUAUGAUGAACCAGCCAAGUGGGUGGUGGAAAACUUGAAAUUCUCUGUUGAGCAGCCGAUUGAGGCAAUUGUUACAAAGGAUGAGUUGCAACACUUUGCUUUUUUGUGCAAGUCUGAAGUUGACUCAAUGGGUCGAAUAACUGCUGGAAUUUUGCGGGUACUUAAGCUAGAAGGUUCUAUUGGCCAGGCAGCAAUCGAUCAACUAAGCAACCUUGGAAGUGAUGGCAUUGACAAGAUUUUCUCCCCAAAGCACAGCAGGGGUAGUAGUGCUGGCAGUAUUGGGCUCUCUCCACUGUCCCUUCCAUCGUCCUUGGAAGGGACAGUGGCCUCACUGGAGGAUGCGGUUACAGAUUCACGGGCCAAGUGCGCUGCUCUUAUUACUGAUGCAGGUAGUUCAGAAUCUUCCAUACAACAUCUUGAAACUAUUAAACAACUCAGUCAGAAACUUGAAAGUAUGCAAAGUUUGAUGAUGCGAUUACGGAGUCAAAUUUAAUGAGGGUUACUUUGGGCUGUUAUGUUCUGGGAUAAAAAGGGGUCCCAAUCAUAUAGUUCCCCCAUUCUUUUUUGUAUAUAGAUUAUAAAAUACAAAUGCAUGUUGAGUAUAUGUGCCAGUCAGGCUGAAUAGAAAGCUGUUCAUAUGUGUAAUGAGAAAUUUUGUAUCCAAGGAUGACUUUCAUUUAUAUCAAUUUAAGAUUUUGACGAA